AGGCUUCAGGGUUUUCCCAGUAUCACUUCGUUCAAGUCGCGAGUCGGGCGAUGUGCAUUGCUUCCUGUCGUCCAACUUGCUCAGACUUGCGUUGAAAAGCCGUGAUUUAUAAGACACAGCGUUACUGCCUCCUGUCAUUCGGUAUUGUCAUUGUUCGGCAUCACGCUGACCCAUCUCGGGGGAUAUAUAAAGCACAGUCGGUCCUGGUGGGUUACCCAUCAUACUACAAUACGGAUCCUACUGAGGAUGCUUACGGUUCACGCUAGGAUCCUGGUUUCUGCUACUGCCUCGAUGAAACAAGCUCUAUCAUCGCCAAUUCUCAAAUAUAAUACCCUGCCAGAGAGACAAUCUAGCCCUUUGCCUCAUGCCGCACCCUCCAUUGUUCCCGAAACAUCCCCCAAUUCCACCCCGGAGUACAAUAAUGGAGAUGUCGAUAACGACUCGAUAUCGUCGAGGUCUUCUUCAGACUCAGAUUCCUCUCAGCAGGAUCAGGAGAUGCAGUCUUCCGCCUGGCAAAUUGCCCACCGGGAAACACUAGAGGGCCUUCAGUAUGUCAUGGAGAAAUUCCCUACUGAAGGGGUCUCAUAUCUAUCCCAACAAUAUGCCCAAGAACCCCUCGAGGUUCAGGAAGGAGAUAAAGUCAUCAUCCUCGACGAUGUUUCAGAUUUCACUCUGAGGGUGAAAGUGCUGCACACAGAUACAAUAGGUCUCCUUCCCUCGUGGAACAUCGAGACACCCCUUGAACGAUUGGCACGACUCAAUAUGAUGCAGAAUGAAAUUGAUACUUGCCCACUAGAAAUUGAGGCGCAGAAACAAGAACAUGAUCCUGAUUCGCCACAGUCGCCCAAGUCACCCCAUGUCCAUUCUCGCUGUCAGCAACAAUCACGUCGAAUGAAAGUUGCACUGAUUGGCUCUCGCGAGAACUCCCCGGAAGACGCCAGCCCAAUGACACCUUCUGACGAGUCUCCUUUCUCUCGGCGUCUCAAUAGCAGCAGAAAGUCUGUGAACUUCAGAGAUGCUGAGCGGAAAAAGAUCUAUCGUUAUAUUCAUCCCGCAUUCCCUCCAGUCGGACGGCCUCGCCCAGAGCCCAAAGACGAGAGUGAUAGUGAUGCCGAAGGCAGCACUGAGGAACCUGAAGACAUUCCUUGGUGGGACGGUUGGGAAGAGCCAGAGACUCUAGAGGAUGAAACCGCCUCUCAGCUAGAUAUCACAAAUAUUGAUGAAGAUUCACGACCUGGACGUCCCCGACGACGAAAACGUGAUAUGUUUCGGGCCUUCAUGCUUUGACAUCUUUUGCAAUACAGUUUGAUAUCCGAGAUAUCCACGCCUCACGUAUGUUUCCUUAUACUGUAUCUUGCUCGUUUUCUUUUCAGGACUACCUACGUGCCAUACCUUUGUAUUAAUUCCUGUUACCCUCGCUUUCUUAGCAUUGUAUCCUUAGGCCACUCCUUUAAACCUCAUUUCUCAUCUAUAUGAUCAUUCCAAUAGUUCUGAAAGUCGCGUGUAUUUAUUGUUUGCGAUACCUCGUUAUGGCCAGAAAUUAUAUCCUCUGAG